UGGCCACAGCAAGAUGAUAAUAGAAUAGAAUAUUACUAGAUAGAAUUAAUAAUAGAUAAUAGAAUAUUACUAGAAUAUAGUUUUAAUAGAAUAUAUUUUUAUAGUUUUAGAAGAAUAUAUAGUUUGAUGGGAGGCUACGUUACCAGCAUUUUUAUUUUUCAGAUCCUUGUACACAGGCAGCUUUUUCAAACUGAAAAUGGUUCUAGUGCUGUUGAACAUGCUGCUACAGCAAGUGCAGCAGUUGCUUAUGUUAGCCUUGUGAAAGAUGUUGUGGAGGUGUCACCUCAAGUUUUUUAUGGACAUCUGGUAACAUCUGGACAGGUGCAAGAAGCCAUUCUGGGAGAUGAAUCUGUGCCUUCGGUGUAG